UAAAAGAAUGUAUAUUUGUUUGGGGGCUCUUAAGAAUGGCUUUAAGGCUGGUUGCAGAACUAUUAUUGGCUUAGAUGGUGCACAUCUGAAGAGUUGCUUUGGGGGUCAAUUGUUGACGGCUGUUGGUAUUGAUGCCAAUAACACAUCAUGGGUGAUAGCAUAUGCUAUGGUUGAGGCAGAAAGCAAGGAUUCAUGGAUGUGGUUUCUAAAGUUAAUGGUUUCUGAUCUGAACAUUGAGCAUGAAGGAAGAGGAUGGACCUUCAUUAGUGAUAAGCAAAAAGGCCUCAUACUAGCAUUUAAAGAGGUUGUUCCAAGAGCUCAUAUCAGAUUUUGUGUCCGGCACAUGUGGACAAACUUUACGAAGUUAUUUCCCGGAAAGGUAAUGAAAGAUCAGAUGUGGGCUUGCGCAAAAUCAACUACUUUGCCUUACUUUCAGAAGGAGAUGGAGGAUAUGAAGGCCCUUGACUUUGAUGCAUAUAAGUGGCUUACAGCAAAAGAUAGGCCUGCAAUACAUUGGUGCAGAGCAUAUUUCAACACAGAUGGGGAUUGUGACAUCAUGAUAAACAACCUGUGUGAGAGUUUUAAUAGUUGGAUAUUGGAGGCAAGGGGUAAACCACCAGUGACCAUGUUUGAAGAGUUGAGGGUCAAAUUGAUGAAGAGAGUUGCAAUGAGGAAGGAAAAAAUGGAGGCUUAUCAUGGCAAUAUCUGUCCAAAGCCAAGGGUGGUUAUAGAGAAGAAUAAGCUGAGGGCUGGAACAGACUGCAUACCAACAUUUAAUGGAGGUGACAUUGCUGAGGUAGAAAACAUUGACGGAUCCAAAAAUGUGGUUAACUUAACAAUGAGGACAUGCACUUGCAGGCGGUGGGACUUGUCUGGAAUUCCAUGCAAGCAUGCUAUCUCUGCCAUUUACUUAAAGAGGCAUGAUCCAGAUGAUUAUGUGGUAGCAUGCUAUUUGAAGAAGACCUACAUGAGUAUCUAUAACAACCUCAUCCAACCUGAAGGUGGUGUUAAACUUGCAAGAGUGCAAAGAUCCCUAAGGUGUAGCAAUUGUAAGCAAGUAGGUCACAACUUGAAAACAUGUCAAAGACAUUUACCACGAAAGGAAAAGGCUGCUGUUGUUAAUAAGAAGAGGAAGCUUAAUACACAAGAAGAACAAACAUCUAAAAAUCAGUCCAAGCAAGGAAAAAAAUCACCCAUGACCAAAAACGAGUUGAGGCAGAAAGCCAAAGAAAGAGCUGAAUAUCAAAGGAAAAAGAAGGCUGCCUUAAAGGCAUCAAAGUUGGAAGCAAACAAGUCUACUCCAAAGAGAUCAAGGCCUGUACAAGCUGCAUCUACCCAGCAAAGUUCAAGGCCUAUACAAGCUGGAUCUGCCCCAACAAGUACAAGGUCUGUACAAGGUUCCAAUCCAUCAACCAACAAGGCUGCAACACCAUCAAGGUCCUCUCAAAGGGUUAGACAAAACUCAGGUAAAGGAGCUGGAAAAUAGUUUACGGUAAUGGGAUUUGAUAUUAGCUAGCCAAGCAAAACGUUUUAGGCAUCCUAUUUUUGGGCAACCUUGUGUUGUGUCACUUGGUUGCUAGCUCUAAUCUUUUGAUAAGAUGAUUAGAGCUAAAUUUAAUUCCAAACAUAUUAGUACUUGAACAAUUGCAGGAUGUAAUGCUCUAUAUCGUUUGUUUUUGGUAAGUUAGAGCUUUGUUCAAUGGCUGGCUAAUAUUGACGAUACAAUGUAUUUUUUGGUUUAGGGGUUGAUUAUGAAUGUAGGUGAAUGUUUGUUUUUCUUCCAUUUAUGCUUCAAAUUUAUGGAUGCUUCAAUUUACAGAAA